GUCCCUGAACGGCAGAACCCGAACCCACAGCUCAUAAUCAUAGGGAACCGAAUCAUCUCUCUCUCUCUCUCUCUCCCUUUCUUUCUUUCUUUUUUGUGUUAUAAGUAAUCGAAAGGUGUCGGUUUUGAAAAGAGAGUUAACAAUUCGCAGAGCUCUAUUUGGCUCCUCAACUCUCUAUUGAUGUCGUCCCAAGCCAGCCUUCUCCUUCAAAAACAGCUCAAAGAUCUUUGCAAAAACCCCGUCGACGGUUUUUCAGCCGGUUUGGUCGACGAAAGCAACAUUUUUGAAUGGAGUGUCACCGUAAUUGGACCGCCCGACACUCUCUACGAGGGGGGAUUUUUCAAUGCCAUUAUGAGUUUUCCACCCAAUUACCCUAAUAGUCCGCCAUCAGUGAAAUUCACCUCAGAGAUAUGGCACCCCAAUGUAUAUCCUGAUGGCCGGGUUUGCAUAUCAAUUCUUCAUCCUCCUGGAGAGGAUCCAAAUGGUUAUGAGCUUGCAAGUGAGCGCUGGACACCUGUUCAUACGGUAGAGAGUAUAGUAUUGAGUAUCAUAUCAAUGCUUUCUAGUCCUAAUGAUGAAUCUCCUGCAAAUGUUGAAGCUGCAAAGGAGUGGAGAGAUAGAAGAGAUGAUUUCAAGAAAAAAGUUAGCCGAUGUGUAAGGAAGUCACAAGAAAUGUUGUGAUUCUUCUUCCACUGCGCCUCAUCCUGCUUUUGUGAACUGGAGGAUAUAUGAAUAUGUAAUGGAUUGGUUCAUCUGUUACUGUUGAUCCGUGUAAGAAUGGCAUUGGAAGUUGUCCACAUUCCUUCUUUCUUCAGUUCUUUGCAUGGCCAUUUGUCAUGACUUGGAAAACAAGCUGUAUUCUAAGUGUUUUGGAUGCUGUUUUUGACUAGUUUAUUGAAAAUUCACUUUGUUCA